ACUGAAGAGAAAAUUCAAGUGAGGAUAUUUCGCGACGCCUGCUUUAGUUUGAAGUACCCCGGAUUCCAAACUCGUCUGGAAGAGAAUGAGAUUGUUUAUGUCGAAUUAGAAGGUAUUAAAACGCAGAUGGUUCAUGUUACCACAGUGCUUUGAAUUGCUACAAUUCUUUAUUUCCCUGUGUAUUUUUGAAGUAAGAUGAGCAACAAAGAGAAGUUUUCUGAACUUUAAUCAUCUCCUACUUUUUGCUGCAGCCAUCGAUGAUUAUCAUGUCGCUAUUCCUGAGGAGUGUUACGUGAGUGCCAACAAGAAACACGACCAUUGCCCCACACAAGGAUAUCAACUGAUCAGCGAUUAGUGAGUAAAGUAAUUGUAGAUACAAAGAUAGAAGACAAAUGCUGUUUGUUCCACACAUUGAGUCAAUUAAUGAACGGGUCGCUAUAAUAACGCAGAUCUAGAAAGUAGAAAGGAGGUUUAACAGAAUUUUUUAGCGAGUCGUCCCACAAACCUCCCACACGGCAUUUUUCUGUCUGCGCAACUAUCGCGAGUCCUGGCCUGUUUACUAACUGAAUGCCCGCAGAACAGGUUGAAUAAAUAAAUAUAUAAUAAAACACAAUAUAAAUUUCACUCACCAAAUCACAAGACAGCAAAACAAUGAAUGUCACGCACAGUUAACACAAUGAUGAAUCAUUACAUCGGUCUGAAACUGAAGGUCUUUGGUGACUCAAAACUCUCCAUCAGUAAGUCAAACAUGUCUUUUGAAAUAUUUGACCAGUUUGGCAUCCUUUCCAUCCUGCUAUUACACUAAGGAGUAUAAACUUUUACAAAGUGCCAUAAAUCCACAGCAAAACGACUUAAACGUGGUCAAGGAGGGAAAAAGCCUAAUUGGAGAUAAAUAAGUUUUUAAAAGAUUGUGUUAGCUACUGACACCUAAAUGGUUCUCUCAAUUUACAGUUGCCCGCGAGCUCUUCACUGUGACUACUUACCGACAAGCAACAAGUCCAUACGAUUUCAAUUCUCCAAUAUCCAGUUCUUUGGCCCGAAGAAACAAUUCAUAUAUCUCCAUUGCAAAAUGACAACAUGUCGGACGCCACUGGUGCCCAAGCCACACAGGUUCAACAGUGGAACACAAGCGCUACAUUGUCCGCAACGAAAGGAUAGCCACGUGACUGUGGGUCUCUUUGUGUCGUGGCCGACUAAAGCUAAGUGCAAUCAAUCGGAUCCGGGUCCGACAACCAGUAAGUGAUAUAAAGACAAAGGGUAAUGUAAAGAGGGCAUAUAUAAAGAGUGGAUUUUUCGAAUUACUUAUAGUUAAGAACCCAUUCUCAAAUUUCUUUCAAGGACCACAGAUCCACACAACCCGGGUCACCCGAAAAUUUGACUAAGACAUAUUAUUUGUACUGAGAGGCGUCCAACGAAGCAAUUUCAUCAUUAUCCUUAAACUUCAUGAGUCGGAAUUUGUUGCACCACAGAUCCACACAACGCGCAGCCCCCGAAUGGCUUACCUCAGGUUUGCCAAUCAAAUCCUUGUGUCUUGAGAUACCAACUGUAGAUGGGUUGUAUUCUGACUAUGAUUGUGGAAGUUUGGGUUGAGGAGAGGUUGGGUUGAGGUAUUUUUCUAAGUGCAUCUUUUGGAUUGAAUGUCGACAUAUCUACACAUUUUAGUAACAUUCGUUUCUUUAUAAAAAGUUCCGAGAAAGGACCGUUCAGAAAGAGGUCAGGGCUUAUCCGCCGGAAUGAUAAGUGAUCAAGGUAAGGUUUCAGUGUGUCGUUAUCCAUUAUUAUGAAAUUACCCUCAAGAAUUGACAGAUAGACUGAAAUAAGUAAUAUGGGGAAAAAAAGUGGGUGUCAAAGUAGCAGCAUCCAACUAUUUGAUUUCAGCCGUUCAAUUACAUCAAAGUUGUCAUAUUUAUUCUGACUGUCAACAAGAUAUCUUUAUUAAUUUUGCUUCGGGGUUUACUUAAGAAUUAUAGAAAAACUGAUUAAAAUGGAUGUGUUUUUUUUGUCGUUUGCUAUUGUCGUAAACUUCAUCCUUAAACACAAAAAUAAUCAUAACGAGAGCAAUGAUAUUAACAACAAUAACAGUAUGGUUUGAUCCAAAAACGUUGUCACGUGAUCCAAAACGUUGUCACGGUUCCUAAGAGACAAGGAGAAAUUCAAGUCGGAAUAUUUUCAAACAACUCUUUUUGAGUACAUCAGGGACGUAAAUCAAAUGUUUUCAAGGAGGUGGAAAUUCAAGUCGGAAUAUUUUCAAACAACUCCUUUACCAAAGAGUAUGAGUACAUCAGAUUUCCCAUUCAUUUGGACGUAAACUCAAAUGUUUUCGUCGAGGUGGAAGGUAUGAAAACGUUCCUCUAGGAAUAAUAUCGAAUUUUUUUUUUUGUUUUUGUGGUAAUAAACAAAAGCAAAACCAAAGGAAGAGAUAAAUGAAAAUUAUUAGUAACAACCAAUAAAGCUUCCUUUCAGGGCGUGGCUUCAGUGUGACGAAGCAAACAGCGGAUCUUUCUGUUUUCCAUCCGAUAAAAUUGAAGAAUACAAUUACUUCUUGCUUUCUUUUUCUAGAGUCCAUUCUAUAUGGUUUCCCUCUUAGAUUUUAGUCACACGCGUUCAGUACCACACAUUUGCAAAUGGAAAGAAAUAUAUUGUCAGUACUGUCUUUUGUCAAUAGCUAGUGUCUAAUUGGUGAUAAAAUAGCUACGUGACUCUUAACGGUGUUGUGUGUGUUACCUGUGCAAAGAAAUGACGACUUGAUCAGAAUCUAAUUAAGGUGCAGUAGAUAAACUGUUUAAUGAGGGUGUAAGUAUCAAAGAUUAGCGCGAGUUCAUGAUAUGUAUUUUUCCGUGCGCUAAUAAUCUGUCUGCUUGACAGUUAAGGCGAUAUCAAUUCUUCCUUAUUCGUGGCAGUGAGAGCAUCAAUAAACCGGCUUCUAACUCUACUCAACUUCAAUUUUCAGCAACGGAAAAGGGCCAAAUAGCUAUUCCGAAAGAAUGUCAUGUGAGUGCAUUUAAGAACUAUAACCACAAUCCGGUGCUGGAAUACGGACUCAUCGAAGAUUUGUAAGUGAGGUGACUGGACAUGGCUGGGAAGCGGAAAGGGAGGUUAUGAAAUUACUGCACUGAACUUUACUAAGAGAAGCGAAUAGCUUUACGGGUGGGAAGAGUGAACACCCUUACUGGAUGCUUUUUGAUAAUUUUAUUGUUUUAGCUGCUUUGAAUUGAAAAACAGUCAUGGUAGAUCAACCGUGAGUUUAUUUUUAUGGAUACUACAGACUCUGAAGUUAACCUAAUUAGCCAUAAUAUCGUCAUGCUCUCUGUACUCCUUACCUAUUUAUUGUUAAUUCUUCACUUGUAGAAUUGACAUUGAAUAAGAUAAUUUUCACCCGGUUACAUUCUGUUGCCCUAAGACCAUGCCACAUCAUUACAAUGUAAAAUCCCUCACCUGCCUAUAAUAAUACCCAACGGUGAAUAUCAGGAAAAUUUCUUGUUCAAAUAUCGUUUUCCUAUUAUGGAGAACGUAAGUGACAUUCGGUAUUUACUAGAGGCAAAUACAGGAAUAACAUGGUGUUCAUGACGCCUGAAAAACUGCCCCGUGUACAGUCCGUUUCCUCAUCAGUUAUCCAGCGUGAGUUGACACAGUGUUUGUUGAGUGUUUUCCUGAAACAGUUAACGCUGUGAAAACAUUAUAUUCGACAAUGGUUUUGCACGAGCAUUGCACUUGCUAACAUCCCGUUUUCGUAAAUUUUUCCUCCGUUUUCUGAUGUGUUUAACCCAAUAUUUUCUGUGCGUUGCCACAGUCUAUUAACGAAGUGAAGACGAGAUAUUCAGCUGUGGAGGUUGGAAGUGUUGAGCCGUGAGAAGCACCGAUAGGCUAAAUGCUAUUCGAUCUACAGAGGAAUCUAAAACUAAUCGUUGUAUUUCGUCAUGUAUCUAUUUUAGCUGUCCGGACAAGAAUGAACUUAGCUACCUUGAAUCAAAUGCAGUGAGCCAGGCCGUAAGAUUCAAAUUCCCCAUAAGGCAGUACUUUGGGAUUGCAGAACAAUUCCUGUUCAUCCACUUCAAGGUUACCAUAUGUCGGAGAAAGCAGCCACCGAAAAUGACAGCAAUAAACUGCAAGACGCUGGCACAGUUCUGUCCCCACCGGCGAGAGGAAACUAUUAUGACAGUGGGUCCAUUUGUGGUUUUACCAGAGGAAGUUAAACAAGAUGAAGAGAUCAGAUUAACAAAUGGUUAUUGAAGAUAAACUUUUUUACUCCUCGCCUGUCCAUGAUAAGUUAAACUUUUAUAACCAGUCUCUUUUUAUAAUGCGAGCUCAGCGUGAUAGCUUUGGGAGGAAGAAGUAACGAGGUAAAACAAGAUUUCCUCUCAUACCUCACCCCAUAGUUGCCCGCGUGCAACGUUCUUGCAUUUCUUUGCCAGCACCUAAAUUAAGAAAUAUAUAUGAUAGCCUGAGAAUCGAUGAUUAUCAAAUUCUGUAGCAGUCUCUUAAUAGUCUCUCUAGUUCCUUAGACUUAUGGAAUUUUUAAUGUUAACUUUUUUUUUCCCAAAGGCAAAAUUUACACGAAUGAAGUAGAUCAAGAUGAAGUGCGAGUCAAACUCUUUGACAGCAGCUGUUUUUCUCAAGAGUACCCCAAGUUCCCAAUUCAUUUAGGGAUGUGCAGCUAUGUUUACGUAGAAGUUGAAGGUAAGGAAAAGUUGCUCAAAAUCUGAGUAUCAAUCCGAACUGUGAAGUGCGGCAAGUCGUAAUUUCAGGGUAAUCUAGUGCUAUCAACUGAGUUGAAUACGUAAAUCGGCCACCGUAAAGCGUUUAAAGGUUUAGCCCUUCGUCAGAGCGAUUGGAGGAAUUGUGGGUUGUGUGGGUUUAUUGUAGAAAAUGGAGCUAUGCUAUUGGUGGGAAUAUGUUGACGAGAAAACAAGAAUAAAUUAGUUGAAUACAAAGCGCUCGUUGACACCGUUGGGAUUAAGAGUGCCGAUUUGGAAGAUAAACUUUUGUCAUAGAGUUUUGUGGCUUUCCGAACUGCCUAGAUAUAGGGAAAGGCCGCAAACUACUAUAUGUUGUUUAGGUAGAUUAAAGGGGCUAGCGACUGGUUUGGAUGUGUCCUUGUCAUUUCUUUCUACGUCGCGAAGGUGUUCUUGGAACCGGUCACCUCGUCGUCUUCCUGUUUCAUCAAUAUAUAACUUUUUGCAACAGGUCGUAAUUUCAGUCUAAAUGACCAGUAGCAGCUUAGGGAAGAAAUUUUUUCAGGGGAAACCUUAACAAAAACCUAUGAUAAUAAACCUCGUUGUCCUCUUUUCCGAUUUGAACCGCUGAUACUCUAAACUUAACCUGACCUCCGUUUUUACCAGGUCAUAACUUUUGUGGUUUUUUGUCCGAUUACAAUCACGUGCAGGAUUUUUUAUCCAAAGCUAGGAUGCUUUGACCGAAUGUAGUCAAUGUAGCAGUGAUUUGCUGUCACACCUUGUUCAUUGAUAGUAGAUGAUAUUGAUCAGCUAAGUCAAAAUAGACUCAUGUGAUUUACACUGAUGUUUUAUUUCAUUUUGUUUACUUUAUUCCUUUUCUUUUAGCUAACCUGGUAGAACAUGUAGUUAUUCCCAAGAAAUGCCGGUUGAGUCGCUCCAAAAACUUCACUGAUCACCUUUCCACGAAAGGCUAUACAUUACUGGACGACAGGUGAGUAUAGGGAAAGAUAUUAAGAGAAAACUGAUUCAAAUUAAUUAAUCAGAUACAGCUAGAAAUUCAAUGAGCAAACGGUGGAAACUCCGAGUGAAUGAAUGCCCCAGAAUGGUUUUUCCGGCUGGCUAUCAGACUGACUGACUAGCUAACUCAGUGACUAAAAUAAACUUGCUCGUUCGAUCGAUCAACUGACUGACUGGCUGAUUUCACAAUUGAUCGAUGAUAGAUCAAUUGAUCGAAGGAUUUAUGGGUAGAUAGAUUGAUUGAUUGAUUAAUAGAGUUAACUGAAUUCGUUUUUCAGUUGUCCGUUAGGUUUAGAGUUUGAUUAUCUACCAACACGCAACAGGGCCGUACGGUUCCGAUUUACUUUUGACCAUUUCUAUGCAUCUGCGAAGGAAUGUCUUUACCUUCAUUGUUUAAUGAUCACGUGUCAAAGGAAAGAAGUGCCCAGGAUGAUGCGCUUUAAUUGUCUGACGCAAACACAGUACUGUCCACACCACAGAGAAAAUGAAGUAACCAUGGGCCCGUUUAUGGUGUGGGCGGAAGAAUGCAACCAGGGAGAAGAGAGUCUGGACAAGAAAACUGUUAAUUCUAAUGAAUUUAAGGGUAAUUUUUUCAAUUUCUCUUUUUUCUUCUUUCUUAGCCUUAGGUUUUUUAUUAGGAUUUCUUUUGGCCCCUUGUCGUUUCAUUAUCCAAAACCGGACAUUAAUUUUCUAGUGUUUACAUGUACCUUAUGAAAACGGUCAACAUAAAUGCUCUAUAGAAAUCGCUCCUUAAGGUAAAUGUUUAUUGAAAACGGGAAAGGAAAAGCAAUGCUUUCCAAUUCUGAUUACUCCUUACACAAAACAGUGACGGGAAAGGUCUUAACGCUUCCGUUUUGAUUGUGCUGUCCAAAAACGUAUAUUGUGAUUUGUAGAGCAAAUUAAGCACCCCCAAAAAAAUUUAAAAAUUUAAAGCUGACUUUUCGAGCGUGAGCCCUUCGUUAGCCUGUCCUUGCUCUUCCAAGGGCUUAUGCUCGCAACGCCAGCUUUUGAAACAGUCCUUGCGGUGGCCAAUUUGCAUUUUCAACUCAAUUUAUCAAACCAAAUUAUGUUGUGAUACCCACACGACAGUAUCUUUGGAAACUCACACCCCCGCCUAGCUCAUAAUAUCUUUUCUGGAGCCAUUCUGUGUUCAUGAAUGAGGUCUCUAAAUGAAAAGUAAAUAAAUGGAACCAACAAUUACCCUGCAAACAAAAUUAAAUGCAUAAACUAAUUUCUGGAAACAGGAAGAAUCUCAAGCGGUUCGUUUUGUCCGCUUUUGUACAAAAAAAACGUGCUUUUCUUGAUCGUUUUUCAACAUUUUCCAUUAUGAAUCGGUGAAAAUAGAUAUUUUCCUUUUUAAGCACGUCUCAUCUUGUACCAAAGCGCAAAACAGUUUCUUGUACAUUUCGUAAAAGUAUGACGUCACAUUCCGUGGUAACGUUUCGAGAGACUGCACGUGGCCCGGCUGUGUUCAGAUCAGUUCAAUUUUCUACUGCACUGAAAGCUCAGGGAAAGAAAAGAAAAAAUGUCUUACAGUUUGAUUGUUGUGUACAUCAUAAUCGGACUUUCAAGUCUGUCAGGUAAUCUUUAAAUUGAAGGUAACUAAUGUAAAAAGUCGCGAUUGUUCUAAACCAGUCCUUGCACACAGAACUUAGGCAACGCUACAGCACUGACCGAAAUAUCUUUUGAGGGUCUAUUUGAUAACGAAGGACGCUGAGUGCCAACGAGAUCCAGUUCAGAUUUCGAGCUUAAAUAUACCAUUUAUGGCUAUAAAAUGGAACAUUUAAUAUUUUGAAUACCACGCAAAUACAGGUUGCUUUGGCACAAACACGCCAUCUUAGAAAUAUUCAGCCAUCGUGCAUCGUGACGCCGCCAAGAAAAUCUUUUGUCUUGACUUUUUGUUAGACUUAGAAAGAGUGUCAUUACGAAUCAAUCGCCAAGGACACUUAUACAAAGGAAGAACUCCGAUUACCAUUUAAUCUCCCAAAAACAGUCAAUACAACCGCGUACCGCCUCGCAAUGAAAAUUAUUUAUUUUGAAACUCAAACCUGGUCGUGGAAUCCCUGAUGUUCUGAGGUAAAUUCAUGAAUGCAAAAUUUAGAUGUAACAUUAUUACUUUUCUCAAGACGAAGGCUAAUCUCCUAAUUCAUAUGUUUUGGUGAUUUUUCUCUCUUUGAUUUAAAUUUUGAAUGAAAGCUCAAAUGCCGGGGUGAAAUUUUUUGGGUACUUGACUCUGAAAGAAAAAAACAAUUGAAAAAGUUGUGUCAGAUUAGCGUUUUGUAGUUUAGAAAAGGAAGAAAAAAAUUUUCUGUGAAAUCGAAACAGUUGAGAGAACACUAAAAAAUUCGCACCACCAUGCAGAUACUUGUGGAAGUUGUGGCACACAACUUUACCGUAACCGACCUCCCGUGAUUGACAGCUGCCAUUCUUGCAUGUUCAUUGGUCAUGCAGGAUGUUUUGGAAAAAAUUUUGAAUACAUGAAAUAAUUUUUCAAUUUCUUUCCCAUAAAUGAAGUCUAAUACUCUAUGCUAUGAAUGAACUUUACGUUCGUUGUAAUGAUUGAUGGUUUGGGCCUUCCUGCAGCAGCGGACAAAACUAGAAUUGUUCCGACAAAAUCAAAGGACAAAUUUUGUCAAGACAAAUUUUUGUUUCGUCUGUUGUAUCCACAUAAAAAAUUUCAAAGCCGUCAAAUUCUGUCAAGGCCUGAUCUGUUCAUAAGACCGGCCAACAAAGUUUGCCAUAGGAUUCCACCUUCAAUUUCCAAGAUUUGUCCUAUGUCGUUUUAAGACUUUAAAAUCCCCGAGUUUUGCAUCAAAAGACAUUUCUUGCCUUUCUAGUAAACUCAUUUCAGUUCAAUUACACGUUUGCUGUCGUAUCUUUAACGACAAAUGUUGGACAAGUUUAUCACAGUUUGUCUAGCUUUCACCCGUGAUAGAUUUUGUUGGCGGUGCAUUUGAAGAUUAAUCGGCUUCGGCCAAAAUUUGUCAAGUCGCGACAAACCAUCCGCAGUUGUAAAAUGUUGGUGAUGACAGAGAAUUUGUCAAAAUAAACAACUUUUUAGCAAGUAAAAUAAACAUCUUUUUAGCAAGUGCGGAUAGGCCCUUUCUUCGGAAAUGGCUUUACAAUCUUUAUAUAUUACUGACAUUAACCUCGAUUUUAACUGCUUUAAAGACAUUUAAAUUUUUUCCAGGCCUCCUUGUCACUACUGCUUAAGUAGUGUUCAUAACUGCGAAGAUCACUUUCAUAUUCACGUCUUUAUCCGCAGUUCAAAUAUGACUUUCAUAUAUUCACAGCCUUUUAUUUAUCACUUCACGGGUUUCUUUGGAACCAACACAGUUGGCUUGUUAGCUCAGUUGGUAGAGCACUGCACCGGUAUCGCAAAGGUCAUGGGUUCAAAUCCCGUACAGGCCUGAAUUAUUUUCAGGCCUUUUUUUCACUUCUGCUUAAGUAGUGUUCAUUACUGCGAAGAUCGCUUUCAUAUUCACAUUUUUGACUGUACAAUUGAAAUAGAUGUUUGGGGAUUAUCGUAUGUGACGACAAUUUAAACCCUUUUUCUUAGUUUCAUUUUUUCAAGAAAAAAUAGAAAAUAGCAAUACGAUAAUUUUUCUGGAUUAGAUAACUGAAAACUUCCCGUCGACUUCUUAAGACAACAAGCAAGUCAUUUUCAUCAUUAUACAAGAAAUUUCAUGUAAAAACUGUAUUCUCUCUGUUAGGAGCAAGUAGUUCAAUCUUUGGAGAAGUUCAAGUGGAAUUAUUUUCGAACUAUUCCUUCACCGAGGACGUCAAGUACACCAGAUUCCCUAUCCAUUUGGACUUGAGCUCCCUCGUCUUCGUUGAAGUAGAAGGUACGAAACUAUUCUUCAAUCAAUUGCUUUUUUGAAUAUAGAAAUGCAGCUUAGCUGGGAUAAGAUUGGUAAAUUGGUCGUAAAAUAGGCACCAGUAGUAACAACGAUGUAAAAAUAUUGUCGAAGAAUGAUCAAGAAUCUACUCAUAGUUCUUACCCAAAUGGAAGAAAAGAAUCCGGGUGUAUUUUUUUGCCUACGAUAUUUACGAUUUGGAUCACCUGUGCUGCUUUCUUGUUCUUUGGAUGACCUGAGGCUCCACUUCGGUGCAUGGAGAAGAACAGCGAGUGUUGAAUUCAGUUUCGAGAGAAAAAAGAAAGCAUUGGCUCACCAAAUCGACAUUAUGAUCAAUAUCGACUAAUACUUGUACAUCCUUUAUUUUAGCCAUCUGGCAGGAACUUGUAGCCAUUCCCAAAGAGUGUCACGUAACUGCAUACAAGAACUGCUCAGAUCACCAUCCUAACUUGGGAUAUAAACUCAUUUUUGAUUAGUAAGUGAAUUGAGUUUAUUUUUUCAUUAGAUUUUCUCCGCUGAAUGAGCAGCUGGACUGAUAAAGUUCAUAAGAUUGCCAACUAAAGCGCACUUGAUCAUACUUAUAUAAAAGGUGAUCUAAAGUUGAUUCCACACAAACAGCCAUAGCGUAGGCAAAGUUUUGAUCGGAAGCGCACAAUGUGAUUAUCUAGUGGGCCUCGACGGAAAUUAAACGGACAAACCUGCAGUUACGCUUUUAAUUCCUUCUUCUAAUGAUCCAGUGAAAAUAAGAUACAGAAUUGUUAGCAGACGAAGAAGAAUAUGUCAUUACUUACUUUCCUCGAUUCCAGUCUCCUAAGAAGAUAAGCCAUUUUGUAUGGUGUCUAGUUGUGUCGACUUCCGGCGGCUGUUUUAGCCGGGCUCGAUUACCCCCAUUCCCUCGAAUGCAGUCUUUUAUCCUCUUGAUAGUAAGGUGGUGUAAUUUCCCGAACAGCGACUGGUGAUCGAGCCGACCGUUGUUUUGAAUGCCAUCCGAGGCAGCUGCAUGUACGCGACAUCCCAUAAAAACGGCUGCGACGAAGACUGCUUCGACGCCCAUAAUUUAAUUUCAAUGGGGCGAAAUCAGAUUUCUUCAAAAGUUGACGCUGUUUGUUACUAAAUUUAAUCACAUGACACCGUCGAGGAAAACCAUAGAAGUUCCAGAUAACGUUAAGCUUUCAAUACUUUUGCCAUAAUUACCCUUUUUUAACAUAAAUUUCUAGCUGCCCUAAUGAUUUAGAAGUUGACUACCUCCGAUCACCCACGGGAAGCCGGGCUGUGCGAUUCAAGUUUCCUAUAAGGCAGUUCUUCGGGAUAGACGAACAAUUCCUUUACCUCCAUUGUAAAAUGACCACGUGCAAGAGGAAGGAGCCAGCCAUGUUAACUGCGUUUAACUGCCUGACGCAGUCUCAGUACUGUCCUCUCCGAGAAGACUUCGACGUUUCAGUGGGACCCUUCGUGGUUUGGCCAGUAGGAAUUAAACGGGAUCGGGAAAUGAGAGAAAACGGUUAG